AGCCUUCAUUCUCUGUUACGAAGUCGUUCGGUGCGGAUGCUCAGUGAUUUUCCUCGUCCAAGGAUUUUUCUAAGACCCAUUUAUUGUUGUGUGUGGUCCCACCCCCAAGCACCUGCCCGUGUCCUCGAGUUCCAGUGUGCGUAAAAGUGGAACAGCUCUUCUUUGUUCAAGGCGAACGCGACGUCAAAAAGCUGUGGAUAAACUUUUGGCCAGAAUUAAUUUUCCGCAACCGAACCGUGAAAGUGCGCGAGUGAUUUCCUGCUAAUCAGAGGUAGAAGCAUUGCGAUUCAGUGUAAGCGGCGACAAAAUUCGAACAGUGCUCCAAACAGACAGAAAAUAAAGUCAACGCGAAUAAAACGCUCAAUUUAGAUUAUAAAUGAGAGGAAGAAAUUGGAGGGACUCGCUGCUGCAGUGUUGACAUCCCUGAAGCGGUGCCCGCGAGGAAGCACUCAAGGACGAAACGCAAGAGACUGUUGGAAAACGGAAAGAACAUUCCCCCGGUCCACACCGUCUCACAAACCGCGAAAUCCAUUUGCAGCACCCUGAAGACCACACUUGGUACCGCCGCCCACCAGCACCGCCUCUCCUCGGGGGUUGUGUACAAAUUAGACCAACAACACAAGAAAAUCCAUUCAAGUUGGAAGGUAAAAUCUUCUCGGCGGUGAACAACUUUCUCACUGCGUCGACCUUCGUCAAGGAUAUCCGGCAACUGAUUAUGACCCGGCAAACCAACGAUCCCAACGGCCAGCAACAGGAACAGAACGAACCAGAAUCCAGUCAGAACACCCAGAGCGACCAAAGCAACAACCAGCCCACGCAGCGAUUGGGAGGAACCACCUCGGACUUCAGUGUCAGCUCCGCGGCCACUAAUCGAAGUAUGCCCCGCCACCAGGAGGACAAUCCCAAUCAACCGGCCAGCGACUGUUCCAGCCUCGAGGGAAAUGUAUUCGUCGAAGGCGGAUCCGGCACCGGAGCGCACCCGAAAACACGCCGCUCGCAAACUUCCGAUUCGAUCACCUCCAGCAACUUCAACUACAGUCUCAACCGGAGGUUCAUAUCGAAGAACCAGAUGAAGGAGUUUCGAGAAGCGUUCCGGCUGUUCGACAAGGAUAAUGACGGCUCAAUCACCAAGGAAGAACUGGGAACUGUCAUGAGGUCGUUGGGACAAUUUGCUCGCGUGGAAGAAUUACAAGAGAUGUUACUGGAGAUUGAUGUUGAUGGCGAUGGAAACGUAAGUUUCGAAGAGUUUGUCGACAUCAUGUCCAACAUGACGGAUACCGUGGCGGAAACAUCGGCCGACCAGGAGGAACGUGAGCUACGUGAUGCCUUCCGUGUCUUCGACAAGCACAAUCGAGGUUACAUUACGGCAUCAGAUCUACGGGCGGUUCUUCAAUGUCUGGGCGAAGAUUUGGAUGAAGAAGAAAUUGAAGACAUGAUCAAAGAAGUGGACGUUGAUGGAGACGGACGGAUCGAUUUCUACGAAUUCGUACAUGCUCUUGGAGAACCGGAAGAUUCCCAAGAAAACGACGACGAAGACGAGGCAGUGUCGCCCCAUUCGCUGUCCUGUGACGUGCAUGUCUAAGAACCGCCAGGAGAAAAAUAGCUAACGCCAACGAAUCGCAUUCCUAACAAAAUGUCGAACAAUCUAGAGACAUUGACCAGAUUUUUUUUAAAUAUUUAACACACAAAAAAACUUCGCUUAACGCCAUUGUACUUCUCCAUACGCUUGAUAACAGAUUCCAGAACACCUAAUGAAUUUAUCAAUCUAUACAUAAUAACUAUUCAUCUCUAAUCACGAAAAAAGUUUAAAUAAACAUAU